GGCACAUUCGGCAUUCGGUGUCGUUGCUGGAAAGAAUUUCAUGUGGUACGACGACGGACACCAGCACGGAAGAAUCCAAAAAAAAUCCUGCUGGUCCAAGGGCGAGGGCAACAGCAAGAGCAACGACAGCUACAACAUGAAAGGAAAACCACACUUGAAAAGAAGUACUUCGUCAAGCUCGUCGUGCGGAUCAACUGGGAAAAAGGGGAACAGGCAGAAAUCUAUGUACGUCGACGUCAGUCGCUUCUCGACGUCAUCGUCUUCCACCGGUGCUUAUGCAGUGCAAAUAUAUUUGGGUCUGGAAGUAGAGAGCAUGAUUUCUCAUGCUUGUCUGGCAUGAUUUUUUUUUUACCUGUGUGAUGCGUAGGCACGAAAUAAUCUCCUUGCCUGUCAUGAUGCAAAAAUGAAGCCCGCCAUGCGGAAUACGCAACACGCAGAAGCUCAAAAACUUGUCAUGCUUGGCCACCUAUUGCAGGGAGAUGCUUAUUACUCACACACUUGUGUCACAAGUUUACAGGCCAAAACAUAUUUGCCUUCGAUGCCACGACCACGAGCGUAGUUCUUCUUCCGAACAAUCAUGUGCCAGAAGGGCAAAAGCCUACGUCGCAGCCUUCAGUUGUAGGUGAAAAAAAGCCCACAUCGGAGGUCGGGUUGAAUACGACGCGGAAGGCGGAGCCGCUUGCUGUUGGUGUGGGACUAGGAGCGCAGCCAGAUAUGAAGCAGCUGCGGACCUAUGCUGGUGACGACCAGCUCGAUGUUGAUGUGCGGAAAGAGAAAGAGUCCCAGCACGAGCAGCAGAAUGCGUCUGAAAAACGGGAACACGAACAGUGUGAGGCUUCGCUGAAGCCGCACGAAAAUGAAGAAGAAGGUGAGUGCUGUCACGAAAAUAAAUCUGUUGCAGCUCCUGCAAGAAGAGAACAAGCAAAGCCGAAGGAUAUUAAGGAUAAAAAAGACGAUGAAGAUCAUGAACAGGCAGUGGAUAAUAUAACACCUACAUCAACAUCGGCUUCGGCGCUUAAGAAACAAGACCAAGACGAAAAAGUCGAGCUUCUAAAUCUGCAGGCGAUGGAUGAGCUGGCGCUCGAAAAAUUGCAGCAGAACAACGACGAGGACGAGGACACCAGUCGUCCCUUUCUACUUCCCCUGCCCCUGAGUACGCCUGUUAGCACAGGUAGCAACGGGGCGGCGCCUACCACUUUACUCGACGAGAAGACCAAAACCAAUCGCCUGAACAAUCAGACAACUACGUUGUUUUCGGGCGCAGAGGCACCGCCCAGCACAGAUGAAGUGACGAGGAGCCAUAGUACAGGAGCAGAAGAG